CGCAGCCAAUAACACAAAACGUUUAGCUGGCUCGAGUUUCCCAACAGGGCAUUAGCUAGCGGACGUUGGGCAACCCCCGUUUUGAAUUCGGACCUUCGAAUAUCAGCGAUCAGCAAUCAGCUACCUGUGGCGGCAGGAACCAUGUGUCCGAGGCGACAGUCGCGCGCAGCCUUCCACGCGAAACGGUCGCGUCGCGGUAUGGCGGCGUAAAACGCCCCGAAAGCACCGGUCUCCGUCCGCUACAAGCGCGAGGCAAUGAAAAUGUCGAAAUUACCCGCGAUAUUUACGACGCCUAGCUGUUACAUAUCAAAACAUACAGUGUCGAAACUCUAAACAUAUCCAAAUCACUAGUUUGAGUGAUUGAUCAUCAAAAUACGGUUGUGUGGACCAGAGUUUGGUGACGAAGUAGCGUAGUGCAGUGCUGAAUUCGGUGUAGUGAGAUGUUUCUAAGUGAAAACGCCUAAGAUGUUAUUGAGUGGAGAUAGCGUGUGAUGUAAUGAUGCGCCGAGGUAAAGCGCUGCUAGAAGGCAGCAGGCAGGGCUCGGUCGACGGCGGGAGCGGUGUCAGUGACAAGGAGCUGGUUCAUAAGUGCCACAGCGAUCCAGGCGGGGGCAGAGCCCUAGGAGCAGCGCCUAGGACAGUCAGGCAUCGAUCCGCGUCGGGCGCGGCGAGGAAAUGCGUCCUGACGCUCGACGGAUACUCGUAUGUCAUUGUGGCGAGUCCGCCGGGCGGCGCGGGCGCACCGCGGGAGGAGGCGCCGCGCCCCCCUCCGCCCCCCGCACCGCGCAACGGCACCCCUAAACAAGGUGGCCUGACGAUAGUGCGGCGCUCCUCAAGCCGCCACAAGAGCGAAAGCUGCCCCACGCCCACUGACGAACAGUUAGACCAACUGAGUCUCGACACUGAUCACUUGCCCGCCGUCGACACGCCUGACGCAUGCGACAAGGCCGCACUUAGAUUACGCUAUCUCCUUAGACAAUUAAAUAGAGGCGAAAUAUCAGCAGAAACACUACAAAAAAACCUACAGUAUGCGGCCAGAGUUCUCGAAGCAGUAUACAUAGAUGAAACCAAGAGAUUGGCGGACGAAGAUGACGAGUUAUCGGAGGUGCAGCCUGACGCCGUGCCGCCAGAGGUCCGGGAGUGGCUGGCGUCGACGUUCACGCGGCAGCUGGCGACGGCCAAGCGGAAGUCGGACGAGAAGCCGAAGUUCCGGUCGGUGGCGCACGCGAUCCGCGCCGGGAUAUUCGUGGACAGGAUAUACAGGCGGGUGACGAGCACCGCGCUUAUGCAGUUUCCGCAGGACGUCGUCAGAGUGCUGAAGACGCUAGACGAGUGGUCAUUCGACGUGUUCGCGCUGUUCGAGGCGGCCGCGGGGGCGCCGCUCAAGUACCUGGGCUACGAGCUACUCAACCGGUACGGGAUGAUACACAAGUUUAAGGUCCCUCCAACGAUCCUAGAAAGCUUCCUGAGCAGGAUAGAAGAAGGCUACUGCAAGUUUAACAACCCCUACCACAACAACCUGCAUGCGGCGGACGUCGCGCAAACCGUACACUACAUGCUUUGCCAGACAGGGCUUAUGAACUGGCUAUCAGACCUGGAAAUCUUCGCCACGCUGGUCGCGGCGGUGAUCCACGACUUCGAGCACACCGGCACCACGAAUAACUUCCACGUGAUGUCCGGCUCCGACACGGCGCUGUUGUACAACGACCGUGCCGUGCUUGAGAACCACCACAUCAGCGCUGCCUUCAGGCUAAUAAAAGACGAGGAAUGCAACAUUCUUCAGAACCUGUCCCGCGACGAGUUCCGCGAGUUCCGCACCCUCGUCAUCGACAUGGUGCUGGCAACCGACAUGAGCUUCCACUUCCAGCAGCUGAAGAAUAUGCGGUCAUUACUGACGCUGGCUGAGCCUACCGUAGACAAGUCUAAGGCGGCGUCGCUGGUGUUGCAUUGCUGUGAUAUUUCCCAUCCUGCCAAGAGAUGGGACCUCCACCACCGAUGGACGAUGAGCCUCCUCGACGAGUUCUUCCUCCAAGGCGACAAGGAACGCGAGCUAGGGCUGCCCUUUAGCCCCCUUUGUGACCGGAACAACACAUUGGUCGCGGAAUCCCAGAUCGGGUUCAUAGAGUUUAUUGUAGAGCCCAGCAUGGGGGUGUGUGCUGAUAUGUUGGAAUGCAUCCUUGGGCCUCUGCACUCUAGCAGCAAGACUGGCGCUAGUCAAGAACCGAUUAGUGAAGACGCUCCGGGGAAAAUCGCUAACGAGACCAGCACAAAAUUCAAGAUCCGAAAGCCGUGGGUCGCCUGUCUCAGUGACAACAAGAAAAUCUGGAAGGAGCAAGCUGCUAAAGAUGCAGAGGCCCGAGCCAAGGCCGAAGAGGAAGCCAACAGCCCCCCAGCUCCUGCGCCGACAGAAGAAUAAUAUUUAGCCACAUUUGUAAAUAGCGUUAAAUCUAACUGUUACAACAUGUUCUCUUCGCUCAUGAAGAAAACUUAAAUUUCCGUUAUUUGUGUGUAAAUGCUUGCAGUAAUUAAACGUCGCUUCGUUCGAAAUUUAAAUAAAUAUCCUGGCAACAUUUUCGCUUGGACGUACUAGCUCGCGUUUUCAUGCAUUUAAAAUCCAAGGCUAGUCAUGCGUCCCUCAUCAUCAUAUGCGUCCACAACAUAGCACCUUAAUAAUAUCAAUGUAUCUCUUUCUAUGAAGUGACUGAAAAUGCGCGAUUACACGCGCGAUACGUUGCAUAUUGUUAGCCAAACUGUUAAAACUAUCUACACCAUUGGCUCAAAAAUAAAAUAAUGUUGCCAACAUAAAAGCGAUGGAUAUUCAUUUAAAAUUCGAAUUAUAUAUGUUAACGUGUUUUGUUACGCACAAAUUUUGAAUUGAAAGCACAAUGUGAAAAGCCUGAGUGUACAUUCAAUUUGGAAGACACCAUAGUGAGCCAAAUUCGAUACGGCGGGCCGAAUGGCGCUAGCCUGUAGUAGUUUAUAAAUUCAUUAUUAAUUAUUCGCGGUUAAGAUUUUCUUCAGAUUUAGCCUUUUUGAAGUUUCCUAAUGUCAAGUGCCCAUUGUGACUUAGUAGUGUUUCUAACACUUCUACGAUAACGGUUUUUAAAUACAUGAAUUGCUUUCAAUAUUUUAACAAACUAAAGUGUCAUUCUAUGGAACUUGCCAACUAUGUAAACAAACCGCCAUAUUGAAAUUUUCACUGAUUGAUGAUUUCAAUAUGGCGGUUUGUUUACAUAGUUAGCAAGUUCCAUAGAAUUACAUUUUAGUAGGUAAUGAUGAUUGAUGUUGAUAUUCCUGUGCUAUGGGUGGCCACAAUUGGUGACAGAUUAGCCGGCCUAGCCAAGGUGUCAAUCGCUUCGACAGCGAAACGUUAAUCUGUCACCGUUUAAGGAAUUCUGGUCUAUCAUUAACCUUUUAAUAAUUGUGUGUGUCAAAGAUCGUGAGUUCAAACCUCAGUUCUGCUUUAUAGAGCAGAAAAUUCGGUCGGGAUCCUUAUCACACACACUCAAGAGGUUAGGUAUAGGGUCGGUAACGCGUUCAUAAUAACACAUCUGAAGUUGCAUACCUCCCUAGCAUAGUGUAUAUACGGUGUCCACUAUCUGGGGAACCGUACGUUUGUUUACCACCGUCUUGGUGUAAAACAAACAGAUUCUAAUAUGCUUUUAUCUAAUUUUACGUAAACGAACCAAUAGGAUCUAUAGAAACGAUACUAUCAGGAAUUAUGAUAAAGGAACCACCCCUAUAUGUAUUUUCGAAUUUAACUAACCACCCAUUUAUGUCAUUUCGAUAUACAGUUCUUGCUUGGUUUCAAUGAGGACUUGAUAUUAUAAAAUUCUGUCGUUAAACCUUUUAAUUUAACAUGGAUAGGCCAAUAGAACAAGUUAUCCAUUCAUGAAUAAUUAUUGUAAAGUAGUCAUAGCUAAAUGUUUAAUGGACUGAUCGUACUGAAAUAAUAUCCAAUAAAACAACGAAGACGCCCUUAUAAUUUAAGGCUUAAAUUAGUUAUCAUUAAGCCAGCGCCACACUCAAUACGCAAACUGCGCUGCGACUGGAAGCUGCGAACACAGGUGUCGUGCUAAUAAUAUUGCGAUUUGAAGAUUCGCAAAUCUUCAUUACUGUGUCGCAAAAAAUGCCUAUAACAUUCGAGUAUAUUUUUUGCAGGGUUUACUCUAUUUACGAGGUUCUCAAAAAAUAUGUUGUUUUAUUGGGUAUUACGGAAUGUAGCCAAAUUACGAGCAGUCUCCUAUAGAUAUAAAACACCUUCACAUUCCAACAAGUUCGAUUAGUUUCCUUGCAUUUAUACAGAUUUUGUUCACAAUUUUCCAUUUAAGUACAAAACAAUUUAUUAAACAAAACAUUAGUUAGCAAUUAAUAUAUAUACUGUAUAUGUAUAAAAAAUGCUGGUACAGGAGCAACUCAUUCCUUUUUAGAAUUUUACUGUCGCGUGUACAGGCGAUGAUGAUGAUGACGUAUUGAAAUCGUCGCGACAUCAUUAGAACUAUAGUCAUAAUGAUAACAAGAAAUCGGAAGGUCAAAUCUAUAUUUAGGACAAGUGGAUUAACGGCCCAAUGACAUUUGGUCAGUGUCCUAAAAACAGGACUCUAAUAAAAGUAAUAAAUUUUUUAGGACUCAAAAAGGGCUUAAAUUUUGCUGUCCUAAAAAUAGAUUGGCAUUAAGAGGAUAAGAUAUAAAUCAUGUCUAUAUAAUAUAUACUUAUUAUAAUAUAUGUAGCUUAACUAGUAUAAUCUUAUCCCAUAAUAUAUGAAAAAUACGCUUAUUAAUUUUAACGUUUCCGAUUAAAUUGGAGAAUUGAUAUUCCUGACCAAAUGUUAUUUAAAAAGAAAUCAUUUUUUUAAAUAAUAUUAACUUUCUCAAUAGAUAUUUAUAUAGGUAGAUAAUAUAUGUAGAUAGUAUAUUAUUUAGUUAAAUAAUAAUUGUUCCCGUUAGUCACAAGUUCACAAUCAUUUAUCCUGAUUUUCAUAUGUAUAAUGUAUAAUGUAGGUAUUAGACAAAUUUGUAAGUCUAAAUCGCAUUCCAGCAGUGGACGUAACUGUGUUGUUUCUAAAAAGUUGAAAGCCCUUCCACUGCCGUGACUAAUUUGUCCGUUUUCUUACUGGGAAAUGAAAUGCUUGUAUUUGCUUAACAAUAUGUACAGAAACAGUGCGGUAUCGAUGGAAGGGCCUAUAUAACCUUCUGAUUAUCGCACUGAGGCGACUACAAUGUUCCACUUAAAGAGCACACUGGACGCGACUGACCGAAUGUAGCGAAAAUUAGUCGUAACAGUUUAUGAAUCGCAUAUACAAUGAAAGAGUUUUAAAAUGAACUUACAUAUGAAAAUCUGGAUAAUAACAGUGACAUCCAGAAUCCAAUUUUGGUCAGCUUUUGAGAUCCCUUCGUAUUUAUUAAAUGUAGACAUCUCGCUCCAGGGCUGAUAUUCAUAAGUACAAGUGUGAUGUUGAAUUGCAUAAUAUAGCUGUAAUUGGUUUCGAGUCAAAGUAUAGGUACUGGGAACGAGCUCACAAACCCAAACCAUCCCAAACAAAAGAUUUCGGGAAUUAAAUAGCAACUCAACUGUCAUUAUUAUCCGUUUAUCCCCGUGUUCAGUUCCCCUUGAAAUGUGAAUUGGAUUAACAUACUGUUGUAAAUAAUCCGGUAUUUCCUUAUAAUGUAUAAAUCUCAAGACGAAAUGGAUAAACGGACUUGAAUUCUUAUAGAUUUAAUGAUGUUAUUGCCAAUAAUUCCGGUCAUUUAAAUCCUUGAAGUGGAUUCUCGGUAUUUUUAUAAGUAUCUAAAUGAUUUCUAUAUUGUAGAUACCUAUAUUAACUGGUUGCUAGGGAGCUAAUUAAAAUAUCAAAAUAAAAUGGUCCACAUUUCUAAAAUUGCACGACUUAAGUUUGUCAUCUAAAGUCAUCUUAUUUAUAUGGCGAGUUUGACGUCAUUUUCAUCCCGAUAAUAUUCAGAUGGAGCGCCCGGUAUUACUACAAAUUAUAAUAAAGUUAAGACAGAGUAUAAUUAAUUAUACAAUACAUCCGAGAAUUCACUUCUAUUCUGACCACUUAGCAUAACCUGCGUUGGCCUUUGGCGCGCGCCACUCUUAAUACUUACUGAAAAUCGCGCUUGACAUAAUUUUAUUAUGGACUCGCGCGCAACAACGCAAGUCGUGGUAAGCGGUCUAGAGGAUACACAGAGUAAGUAGUCACUUAUGCAUAAUGAAAUGAAUGAAUUAGACUGAAUGGCACAAGGUUUACGCGAUUAGGCGGCCACGGCGUAGGUAGACAAACUUGAAUUUAAAAUGAUAACUUUAAGGAGGACCCAGAGUAAAUGUACCGUCCUUCUAUUAGUCUCUCUAAAGGCAUGGGAUAAGUCGUGUUGUUUGAUAUUUUGUUUUUAUAAGCACUCCACAUUCUUUCGUAAAAUUGGGUGCGAAAUCUAAACCCAUGAAAGGCUUCUAUGGUAUAAAGUCACAAGUCAGCGGAACUUUGAUAAAUGGCAGCACCGCACUUGUCAUCGUGACAACCCUGCUCUUUCUAACUGCGCCUAUGCAAAUUAAUUAACUAAGAAUCACUAUCCCAUUGCGACUUAAAUUAAAUAAAAAGCUUGUAGAAAGGACUUGAUAUCUAUGAAAUAUUGAGCCAUAUUUGCAUGGGAUUCUUAACAAGGUUUUUCCUUUCUAUAUGCCGUUGUGGAUUGCAUUUAUAUUCUUUUAAAAACAAAUUCUUAAUGUUUUGAUUCAGCGGUUUCCUAAACAUAACGCACCAGCAUUUCUGUUAAAACGGCAAAUAGCAACAGAAGGCCAGCGUUUUCACGCGCGAAUGUGGAGGCAGCAUUAAAGCAUUUGUAUUCAUCAUCCCACUCACAGAUGCCAAAAUAUCACGAUUCAAAAUUCCUUUUAUCAAAAUUUGAACUUAUACCUAAAGUUAGUUAGGUUUAUCUAUUAUCAGAGGCCUAGUUUUUCAGGUACAUGGGACCACUCUCAUUGAAAUAUCAAGUCAAAAAACCAUAAUCAGAAUACAUUUUAGGUCCCUAAAGUUAGAAUAAUGAUUGCAAGAAUGGUAAGGAUUUAGAUUUAACCAACUGGUGACGCUUAUUGUAGUAAAUUAUUAACAAUAGAUCUUUUAUAUAUUUAUUAUCUAAAAAGAUUUAGAUUUAUCAAAAAUCUGUAUAUUGUGUACGGUAGUGUACUUAUAGUAUUUACUUAAAGUAAGAUUAAUCAAAUAUUACUUAGAAUGUGGUUUAUUAACGCCAUUCUGAUUGGGAAUAUAGCUUUAUGAAAAUGUAGUUUAGAAUAUUGAGCCUUAUGGACAUACCUAAUAGAUGAAUGUUGUUUCUGUAAAAAAUAGCUUGCGACCGAUAUUACUCGGAGUUUACCGAAAAACUUGAAGAAUUUGUUUUCUCUAAAAUACCUAAUGUUUAUUGAAAAAUAUUAUAAUGAUUUAUUUUUAGAUAUAAUUACUAAAUCUUCUGCAAAGCAAUUUAUGAGAUUAUAAUAGAGAAACAUUAUUUUUAGAAAUAAACUUAAAAGCCCGUCCAGACUUAGAGCGCGAAUCGCUCACACAAUCCACGAACCAAUGAGAGGAUGAUAACAGUAAAAUUUCCGCUCUCGAUAAAAACAAAAUCAGAGUAGGGGCGCGAAAAUCAAUGAAAAUUUCUUUAUCUACCUCUAUAUCACUCUGCAUAUUCGAGCGAUAAAGAGGCAGACAACGAAGUUUAGAUUUUCACAGCAGGCAGACCUCUGCGCGAAAUAAUGGUGCGAUAAAUAACUGUGUGUACAGGGGUCUACCGCGAAAACCGAAAUUCGCAAAUUGCGGGGAUCUUUCUCUCUUUUACUCUCAUUAAGACGUAAUUAGAGUGAGGGAGACAAAUGCCCGCAAUCGACGAACUUCGAUUUUGGCGGUUAUAGCCCUGGCCACGCUAGUGCAUUAAUCAAAUAAUCAAGUAUCUUCUUAGUAGUUUGUGGCGUUAAUCGCGUGAUUCACCCGCUAAGUGUGAAACGGUCUUGUCAAAAACAAGAAAAGGGUUAGCGAAUUCGAUGAGUAACUAUUUAAGUUCUCUUAAGAGGCCCACUGAUUACCAGUUCAGAUAUCAGCCUGUCAGUUAAACGCAAAAUUUGACAGCUCCGAACAACUGACAGGCUGAGUUGAUAUCGUCCGGCGAACUGGUAAUCUGUGGGCCCCUUUAGAUACUUAGAUAACUCUCAGUCCAAGAAAUUGUUCACAAGUUAUUUAUGGAGUUCGAAAAGAUAUUUAAAUUGGAAUAUAAAAUUCACCUGUAUAUAAGAACGCCUUUGUGAAAUGCAAUUUUAACUUUACCGGACAGUAUAUAAGACUUAACAAUUCAUUCAGCCUGAUAGCCUUUCGCACAGCUUAUUGAAUGUAACUACUAUUAUCUAUAAAAAUUCUGUUAAGGAACACUCACAUUCGCAAUUUCGCAUGUCACGUUUAAUCUCAGAGCAACAAAACGCGAAUGUGUGGAAGACAAGAUACAAUACAAUAGGGAAUAUUACGCAAAGCUCUGCGUAGGGGGCGCCUCUAGCACAAACAGUAAACAACCGUCUUGAUGCAUCAAAUAUCAUAUUUAUUCGUAACAAAUAACCUGUGAAAACGUAUCAAAAAUUUGUUUAAGUCAUAUUUAGUAUAUAUGUCGGCAGCCGAUCGUAAUGUUCCUGUGUAUUGUUUUGAGGAUUGUCACAUGAAACCAAUAUAUAUGUAAAAUAGGUUCGUUAGGUUGCUACAUAAAGUUACUUCUAUGGUUCACGGUUUGUGCUAGUGCUGCACUUUGGCGGCACAACAUUGCCGUUAUUCCUUAUUCUUAAAAAAACUAUCUCGAAAGUGGACAACAUGAUAAUUUCGAUGUUGAAAAUGGGUGUCAAAAAAUGUUAUUUAAUAUUGCUUUUGAUUUCUCUUGACGCACUUUAAAGCUCCUAACAUUUGCAUAAUUGCACAUAAAACGUGCAUUAAAUGUUGAUAAAACAAUAUAUUAUACCUGACAGUCUUAUAAAAUUACCUAUUAACUAUUUGUCUACUGUAGCACCUCUAUGUACAUUUUAUGUGAAAUCUCAAUUUAUGUGUGAUUAUUUUCCUAAAUAAUUCUUUUUCUACAUUUAUGUAAAUAGGAAUAAAACACCUGUAUGUGUA